UUCUCUCUUUUUUCUCAUUUCUCUCUAAAAUCCCUCAUCCAAACACUUCCCAACACCCCAAAUUUGCAUUUCAUUUCCAUUUUUCUCUCUCUCUAGAAAUCUCUCAACCAUGGCGGCGCAGAAGAGAGAGAAAGAAGAAACCGAGCUGAAGGUUCCAGAAUCCAUCCCUCUGUGCUCUCCAACUCUGCCGGUAUCUUCACCGUCUCCUCCUCCGCCGCCGUCGACGACGACGACGCAUAUCUCAGUUUCUGUUAUCUCAGAUCUGAAACGUUCUGAUAGAUCGUCGAUGGAGAGCAUAGAUCUGAAGGUUUCUAGUAUGGAUGAUGAAUUGAGAUCUACAUCAGCUGCAUCGCCGGAAAGUAUGGAUCUGGUAGGUAGAAAAGCAGGGGUGAAGAGGCAACGGGAAGCUAAUAGAUGUUCUGGUAUAGGUUGCCGUAGGAAAGUCGGAUUGAUGCCGUUCCGUUGCCGGUGCGGUGAAGUGUUCUGCUCAGAGCAUAGGUAUUCCGAUCGACACGACUGUAGUUACGAUUACAAAGCAGCUGGUCGUGAAGCGAUUGCUAAGGAAAAUCCAGUUGUCAAAGCUGCAAAAAUUCUCAAAGUUUGAAAAAUGGAAGUUUGAAGUUUUUUCUUCUUUUUUUUUUUUUGCUAUUUUCAAAGUUGUUGAACCAGUCAAGAGGAGGAGUUUUGUGGGGGUGGUGGUGGAAAAUGAAUGGUGGGGGUGUUGUGUUGUAAAUUUGAUGAAUGGAUGAGGGUAUUGUUGUCAUUUAAGUUAUUAAUUAUUAUUAAAAUAAGGUAGUGGAAACUUUUUUUUUUGUGUUUUUAUUUUAUGCGGAGUAUAUUGCUUUAACUUUAUGCUGCGUUGUACUUGUGCCAUUAUCACAUGAAAAUUAUUUAUUCUUAUUGCUA